AUGUCUAAUGUGGGGUACAUUCCGAUUUCGGCCCUUCCCGUGGCCCAGUCUGCGGUAACACCAACAGAAGCGUUUUUUAAUCAGUUCACUACGCAGACGAGGUAUGAGUUGAACGGGCCUGCAGUCUCCAUUGCUAGACAUCCCCAGGCGGCCGAGCUCGCCGUAGCUAGCUCCACACAGGUUAUGCUUUAUAAGGUUUCAGAGGCAGCGCUUGCAAAGGGUACUGGCCGCUUUGAAAUGACCACCACAGCCGUAGCCUAUCGCCACGACGGGGCCUUUUAUGUUGCGGCAGAUGAUAGCGGAGCAGUUGAAGUUUUCAUACCGGGGUCCCACUCUUGGCAGCGACGCUUUUACGAUUCAUCCACUGCAGUCCAUGCAGUUUCGUUCAGCGCCACCGACCAGGAAGUCUUGGCCGGAACUCGCUCCGGAAAGCUUUUCGCGUGGACUGUGACGACCGAAACUCUCUGCUUUGGAGUCCAGGCCCAUGCCGAUUCUAUCCGUGCAGCGUUCCCUCUUCCCUCCCCACAUGCAGCUGAUCAUUUUGCCCCAGUUCUCACAGCUUCCUAUGACAGAUACAUUCGGAUAUGGAAUAUGCUGUCCGGCGAGAUAGCUCUCGGUGUGUCUGAGGAUCCCAAGCGUCGUAAUGCUGUUGGUCGAUCGGGCACAGGCCCCUCCAUGCUCUUUGAGUACUCUCUUUCAGAACCAAUUGAUGCCGCAAUCUGGUGCGAUGGAUAUGUCUAUAUAGCAUGUGGUGGAUACAUCUACUCUUUGCUUUACGUUUAUACCGACUUGUCGCUAUCAGAGGAUAACAAGGAUAACAGAGGUUCAGUCAAGCUAAAAGCCCACGCUCAAUCAGACUAUGUUCCUAAGGGAAUAUCGUCCCUAUGUGCAUGCUCCACUAGCAUGGGGACAUUCAUUUUGGCUGGCUGCUUUGAUGGGGGUGUCAGGGUUUAUGACUCCACGACUCUACUGCAGGUAGCAACCCUGAUACACUUUGAUGUAGCGGUCCUCUCUAUAGCUGUUCAGUCUUUUUCACAGACUCCAAUAUUUUCCAAGAAGGAGGAGCUGGGAAUAUAUGUGGGACUGCAAACCAAGACCAUGGUGGUGCUGACGUCCUGUCCUCUGGAGGAUGCCAUUGCCCUUGCAAAUGAGAAGGACAAGCCAAAGCAGCGCCUAUCAAAGAGAGACUUCAUGAUCCGUCCACGAGCAAAUCUAGAUUACAUGGUCCAUGGGUUGAACGUUAGACCAUCUUUGUCCCAACUGGAUGUCUACUUGGCAAUCUACAAACAUCUGGAUGCACUGCAGCUGAGUCUCUUGACCAGCAGGGAGCUCACAGGAAGCGUUCUUUUGGAACUAGAAUGCCGCGGAAUUAAAAACUAUCACGAUGUACUUAGGCAACUUCGAGAUGGGGAUAAGGCAAAGAUACUUGAGUAUACAAUGAGCUCCCUUGGAAAUAACAUGCUCUGUGGUCCGUUCUUACGUGCAUGCGACGUUAUAAUCCCCACAAUAACGCUAUCUUCAAGCUCUAAGCUUCUGCUUACUGUACACGAAUUUCUGAUGACCAUAGAGAAGGAACUGGAGCUCAUCGAAAACCUUCAACAGUGUCGGAAUAACCUUUGUUCACUAAAGAUUUGA